AUGACAUUUUCCGACCUCCGCGCGCUGCACGCCGUCAUCGGCCAGGCUAUCGACAACAUCGAGAAGGUGUACAAGACUCAGAACCCGCCUCUCGAAUACCCAUCGCUCGACGCCCCGUACUACAGCAGCCAGAAGCACACGCCCGAGGUCGACCGGGCGGAGGAGCUCAAGCUCACGGACGCCGUUUUCUCUGCCGCGAACCAAAUAGUCGCGGCGUGCGGACAACUCACUGGCACUGUUCAUAAGCCAUUCUUCCAGCUCGUAGAGGUCAUCAACGGAGGGAAUAUUGUCGCUUUGAUGCACUUCGUAGAGCAGACACACGUCCCCGAGAUCCUUCGCGAGGCGGGUCCUGAAGGCCUCAGCACGAAGGAGAUCGCAGCGAAGAUCGCAGAGCUACGCGCGGCCACGCCAGGCGCGAAGGAGGUCGACAUUGAUCCUGCAAAGAUCGGCCACAUAUUGCGCGUUCUCGCGACCUACCAUUGGGUCCGCGAAGUGCGCCCCGACGUCUUUGCGAACAACAGGCUCACAUCUUUCAUCGACUCAGGCAAGUCUAUCGAGCAGCUCAAGCUUGCCCCGCACAAGAAGUACGACGAAACGGAUGGUGUCGCGGCCUUCGCGGGUAUGGCCGGCGAUGAGGUCAACAAGCUGAUGUCACAACUGCCUGAGUGGUUGCUCACCGGCGGUCUUUCCACGAACGCGACGAACGGCCUCGCACUCGGAAUGGCCUACCCGACCAAGCGAAAGUACUACGAGUGGCUUGAGGACCCCGGUAAUGAGUUCCGGCUUACUCGGUUCGGGCACGCGAUGAACGGCACACGGUACUGGGAGGUCGCGGAGAACAUCAUUCACGGGUUUGCCUGGGACGAGCUCCCGAAGGACUCCGUUGUCGUCGACAUCGGCGGAGGUAUCGGUUCCGUAUCGGUAAUUCUUUCGGAGGCAUUCCCGCAUUUGCGAUUCGCCGUAGAGGACCGCGCGGGUGUCGUUGCUAUCGCGCGUGAGGCCUGGGGAUCGAAACAUGCCGAACUGUUCGACUCUGCGCGCGUUACAUUCCACACGCAAGACUUCUUCGACGAGCACCAGCCGUUCGACAUCCCCGGCGUCGGCACGGUCAGCCAGCCCGACGUGUUCCUCGCGCGUGCCGUCGCACACAACUGGCCUGACAAAGACGUACUCGACCUCCUAUCCAUCUUACGCCGGGCGGCAGGGCCUCACACCAAGCUCCUUCUCGUCGACAACCUGCUUCCCUACGCGUGUAUUGACGAUAAGGCCGAUAUCAACAGCACUUCUGAAGGUGCGAUACGGUCGCUCGUGCCCGAGGGCUCGCCGCUCCUGCCGAACCUUGGCAAGGCGAGCGCGAACGGGUAUAUCCUCGAUAUCACUAUGCUCGGCCUCUUCGAUGCGAAAGAGCGCACUUACCGCGAGAUCGACGCUCUCACCCAAGCGACGGGCUGGAAGAUCACCAACGUGAAGCGCGCCGUCGGCUCCCUGUGGGCGUACACUACCGCCGUCCCCGUGUAG